AUGGGUACCCCCCGCCCUCAUCCCACCCGACCCACGACCACGGCCCGCUCGUCACCGAUCCCCACCGCCACGACUCCCAAGAGCAACCGCCGCAGCAUCCACAACCACAACCACAACCGCCGCCGAAACAUCCACGUCACCACCGCAAGCAUCCGCCUCCGCACGACGGCGUCGGCCACCGGCGGGAACGGCGGGGCCCCGUGGUGCCGUCGCCGCGGAGGACCAAAAUCACGACGUGGUGCGCCGCCGUGUGCUGCGCGAUCUUCUGGAUCGCGAUCUUCCUCGGCGGACUUGAUCGUCCUCGUGGUCUACCUCGUCUACCGGCCGCACAACCCGCGGUUCGAGGUCUCCGACGCGACGCUGAACGCGGCGUACCUCGACGCCGGGUCCCUGCUCAACGCCGACGUCUCGGUGCUGGCGAAUUUCACGAACCCUAACCGGAAGGUCGGAGUCGAUUUCGGGAGCCUGAUCGUGGAUCUCUACUACGGGAGCACGCUGAUCGCGACGCAGUUCAUCCAGCCGUUCUCCGCGAGCCGGGCCGGGUCGCGGUUCGUGAACCUGGAGCUGGUGACGAGCCAGGUCCGGAUCCCGCUGGAGGACAGCAAGAAGCUGGAGGAAGAGAUCGAGAAGAAUACGGUGACGUUUAAUGUGAAGGGUGUGUUUCGGGUUCGAUCCAAGCUCGGCACGUUCCUUGGGUAUUCGUAUAAGCUCUACGGUCAUUGUACGAUCGUCACGACUGGGCCUCCGAGUGGGAUCUUACGUGGAAGACGAUGCAUUACGAAGCGAUGA